UCGCCAUAAUAUAUUAUUAUAAUGCCUAAUUAUUAUCGUUCCCUUUCGCUUUCUAAAAUAUUGGAAGUGCUGCAAAAUUUACCGGACGACCAAUCAGAUUGUGAAGCGACUAAAGAAGAGAGGCAUAUUUUGCAUUUAGACUCAGGAAGUGAAGAAAGCGAUUACAAUAUUACACAAAAUAGUGAUUCUUCCAGCGAUGAUGACCACACUUAUAGCGAUUCUGAUGAUUCAGUACCUCUCUCGACUUUACGUAGUGCAAACCUAAGAAGAGGAAGAGGUCGAGGUCGAGGUCGCGGUCGGAGUCGAGGGCAUCGUGGCCGAGGUACCAGAAUACAUACUGAAAUUAUUCACCACAACACUGAUGUCGAGGUAUCUUCUACCGGUAUAAGUUGGACUCCUGGAAACUUAUCAGUUUUGAAUCAGCCUGGUUGUCGUCCACGACAGAAUAUUCUAACAGAGGAAGCUGGACCAACUUCUUUUGCAAAAAGGUGUUAUAAAGGAGGUAUUUUAUCUGCAUGGAUUCUAAGUUCACUUAACUCUAAUGUAUUUGUUGAUCCAGAAGAAGCAAAAAAGAAACCGAACACGGUGAAGUUUUACAAUACUACGAAAUUUGGAGUAGACGUUAUUGAUCAAAUGGCCAAAAAAUAUAGUGUCAAAGCACCUUCUCGUCGUUGGCCCGUGCAAGUGUUUUAUAAUAUUUUGGAUUUGGCAGCAAUUAAUUCUUGGAUUUUGUACAAAAAACUAUCCCAGAAAAAAAUCAGUAGAAAAAAGUACAUUCUUGACUUGGCAAGGGAGUUAGUCGGCCAAGAUACCCACUCCCUGAUAACACCAUCUACUUUACAGCCUGAUAAUAGCAUACCCCCAGAGCCUCUAGAAGAACGUAGUGGAAAGAGGAAACGGUGUUACGUACAAAAAUGCAAAAACAAAACCCAUAAAUCUUGUGUUAGUUGUAAAAAAAUUGUGUGGCUCUUGUAAUGUAAACAA